AUGACAAGACACAGAGUAAAGAUGCAGCUGCUACUCCUCCUUGGGGUGGCCACAAGCAGAUGUCUGCAUGAUGAGACCCAGAAGUCUGUGCGCCUUCUCAGGCCCCAUCUCUCCCAAAUGCCCACACACUUUCGCUCCUCGGUCCUUCCUCUCUCUAGCUCCCGUGAUCCUCAACCCCUUAGAAUCCAAACCUACUAUACAAGAGAUCCUCUAUCCAACGAGGCUUGGGCUCCUGAUGGGGCAUCUCGAGCCCUGGCUGCACUGAGAGAGACCACUCAAAGAAUUCAGGGUAUCCUAGCAGUCAUCCCAGCUCAACGACCUCUGCUUCUGAGUCGAGACCCUACACAAUACUGCCGUGCCAUCUGGGGAGAUCCAGACACUCCAAACUACCACAGGUGUAGCCUCUUGAACCCAGGGUACCAAGGAGAGAGUUGCCUCGGGGCAAAGAUGCCUGAUGCCCACCUUCGUGGUUAUUCCUUGUGGCCAGAGCAUGGUCUGCCCCAACUAAUCCAACCAGAUGGCCCUGGAGUCCAAAACACUGAUUUUCUCCUGUAUGUGAGGGUUGCCCACACUUCCAAGUGUCACAAAGAGCCCUCUGUCAUAGCUUAUGCUGCCUGCUGCCAGCUGGACUCAGAAGACAGGCCCCUCGCUGGCACCAUUGUCUACUGUGCCCAACAUCUCACCAGUCCCAGCCUCAGCCAUGGUGACAUUGUCACGGCUACUCUACAUGAACUGCUCCAUGUCCUGGGUUUUUCUGGACAGCUCUUCAUGAAAUGGCGGGAUUGCCCCUCAGGACUCAGUGCUAGAGAGAAUUGUUCUACAAGGAAACAUGUGACAAGGCGAGAUGAGUGGGGACAACUGCUUCUCACCACUCCGACCGUUAGCCACAGCUUAGCCAAACACUUGGGUGUACCAGGGACUGUGUUGGGUGUUCCUUUGGAAGAAGAGGGCUCUUUGUCUUCACACUGGGAGUCCAGAUUACUCCAGGGUUCUAUAAUGACCGCUACCUUUGAUGGUGCCCAGCACACUCGACUUGACCGGAUAACUCUGGCUGCCUUUGAAGAUUCAGGCUGGUAUCAAGUCAACUACAGUGCUGCGGAGGAGCUAUUGUGGGGUCAGGGCUCUGGCCCAGAAUUUGGCCUGGUGAGCACAUGUGGGAAUGGAUCGUCAGACUUCUUCUGCACCCGCAGUGGGCUGGGCUGCCACUACCUGCACCUGGACAAGGGAAGCUGCUCCUCAGACCCUGUGCUAGAAGGCUGCCGCAUAUACAAACCCUUAGCCAGUGGGAGUGAGUGCUGGAAGGAGGAAAAUGGACUCCUCACCAGAGCAGAGAACCCCCAUGGGGAGAUUUACCAUCUUCACAGCCGGUGCUUCCUUGCCAACCUUACCUCCCAAGCGCUCUCCAAAGGCAAGGUCAGCCAACCCUCCACAAGUCCCACAGGCCGUUGCUAUCUACAUCAAUGCACACACAAGGGAGUAUACGAGGUACAAGUGGAGGGAUCACCGUGGAUCCCCUGCCUUCCAGGAAAGGCUGUUCAGAUACCCGGAUACUAUGGUCUUCUCUACUGUCCCCAAGGCCGGCUGUGUCUGAGUAACAAAGGAACCAGUGCUGUCACUUCUCCACAAAUGAGUUUUUCAACCCAAGACCUGCUAUUCCAGCUGUCUUUAGGAUUAACUGGGACCCCAGGCCACUCUCUGGGGAAAGAAGAGAGAGAAGAGCUGGCUGAGGUAGUUCUUCAGGCUCUGGUGACAAGAGGUGGCACUAGCAGGUGCUAUUUCCACAGUCCAUCCAUCACCACAAAUUUGAUGUUCACUGUGAGUAUGUGGAAGUCUCCAGGCUGCCAAGGGCCUUCCGUUGCUACACUGUACCAGAACCUGACUCUGAGUUUUCAGGAGAAACCCCUCCAAGUACACCAUGGAAAAGCCAUCUUUACCACAGAAUACAGCAAGUUGCUGACUUCCAUGGACCAUAGCAUCUCUGUGACUGACCAGCUUCUAUCCACCGGAUUCUGCAUAUUGUUGCUAAUCCUGGUGGGUGCAUUGGGAACUUUGGCUUACCAGAAACGAGCUACACUCCAAGUGGGACCAUCUACUACUUAA